AUGGUAAUCAAUAAUUGAUUUUAGUUUAGUUAGUUAGUUUAGCAGCUGCACAGCAGAACAUAUAGAAUGACGACGCGGAUUUUGUCACUGAUUUUUAUGUGCUACAUUGGGCUUGUGAAAAUUUGUGACAUUCACAGUGCAACUUCAGGGACUUUGGUAGUUGGUGGCACCCCUGCUCCGCCAAAAAAGUUUCCCAUGGCUGCUCGGCUGGGACAUCACAGCUCUAGUGGGAAUCAAACGAAGUGGUUUUGUGGUGGCACCUUGAUAAGUCAUCAAGUCGUUUUAACGGCUGCUCACUGCUUCUACUCAGAUGUUGGUAUUGUGAACAUUGUGCGACUCGGAGAACUAGUUUUCGACACCGACAAGGACGAUGCCGAACCGGAGGACAUUAAAGUUCUUGAGCUAAAGGCUCAUCCAAACUUUCGGUAUCCCAUUCUCUACAACGAUAUUGGCCUCGUUCGUUUGCGCAGACAGGUAACCUUUGGACCUUACAAGAUGCCAGCCUGCCUGCCUUUGAAUGGUGGAGAACAGCUAGAUGCCUUCACUGCCAUCGGAUGGGGUCAGAAGAAAUCCUACGAAUUCGAACAGUCCAAGGAGCUGAGAGAGGUGGAGUUACAAAACUAUAAUCGGUCUUGUAGCGACACAACCUAUCCGAACGAGGAGGUUCCCCAAGGAUACAAUGCCGAGACCCAAUUGUGCGUUGGGUCCCCGGGGCACCAGGACACUUGUAAUGGGGAUUCGGGUGGUCCACUGCUAAUUCCCCAUGCCGCAAAUGGAUGCCGUUACCAAGUAAUGGGUGUCACGUCCGUGGGAAUCGCAUGUGAUACUCCAGACAUUCCCAGUUUGUACACAAGGGUGCACUAUUUCGGCAAUUGGAUAAAAGGAGAGUUGGCAAAUACUGAACGCAGCCAAUGAAUACGAUUUUCAGAUUUUUUUCAGACCGGUUUUGAUUUUUAUAAUUAAAGAUGCAGUUGCAAACUUGCUUAUAAAUUGAAA